AUGUUCGGAAGUAAUUUGUAUGGCUUUUUCCUUUUAUAUUUAAGAUUUCUCUAUGUAGUACACUUCGUACAAUUUUUGAUGUCAGUACCAAUUGAUGAUACUGGAUGGAUGCUGUCUUAUGAUAUCUCGACAUUUAAAAAAUUUCUUUCUAAUUAUCGCUUUCCAAUUUGUUCAAUUUAUGAAGAGAAGGAGUUUGAUGCAACGAGCAAUGAUACAAUAUCUGAAGUGAGGAGUCCUAAAUUGAACAGCGAAGCGAGGCAGUCAACAAAAAGUACAGCAAAGUCAGCCUUUUUGGAGGAUACGGAAGCAAGUGGUGAUGUUACUCCCCCUGCACAAGAAAUUGAUUCAGCUGUUCCUUUUUCUACUGAACAACCUCCAAUCGUUACAUUUGAUGAAUGGACGAAGGAAAAAUUAAAAAAAGAAGAAAUUAGGAAAGCUGAACAACAACAGAAUCACCAACAUAAGUCGACUGUACAUUCGGAUGCUGGUGAGACUUCGAAAGUGGAUUCCAAUGUAGUUCCUGAAAUAGUAGAAGGUACAACGCGAUUUGCACCAUCAAAUAUGAUUUCUCAGGAAGCCGCAGUAAGAAACUAUGCUUCGAAAGAAUGUGGUGCUAAAGUUCUCUUCAGUAAUGAUGAAGCCGAAAAUAAGAAUGCCGUAUUGAAUGAGAAGGAAGCGGAUGAUUAUAUGCGCAAUCCCUGUGAACGUGCAGAGCAUAAAUGGCUCAUUAUUGAACUUUGUGAAACUAUACAGCCGACUGUUUUGGAAGUAGCAAAUUUUGAGUUGUUCUCAUCUGGGCCGCACAAUAUUAGAAUUUUGGGCAGCGAGCGUUAUCCUUCAAAUGAGUGGAUGGCUUUGGGUGAUUUUACUGUCGAGAACAAUCGUGAAAUACAGCGGUUUCCAAUUGUUGCGCGUUCAUACGUCAAGUUUUUGCGGUUGGAAUUAUUGUCACACCAUGGUCGCGAGCAUUACUGUACGCUUAGUUUGGUACGACUUCUUGGGAUUUCAAUGGUUGAUGAAUAUGAAGCGGAAGCUGAAGCUGCUGCAGUUUCAGACUCAUCAUUUGCUGUUCCCGUUGAAGUGCAAGCGGUAAAUUCGACAGCUGAGGAGGUGGAUGUUGACGUCGUUACCCCAACUAGUAACGCAAACGAAGUUUUAUUUGAAUCUAAAACGAAAAAUGAAAGUGUGAACGAUUUGCCGUUUGUUGAUGUUGUGGUGAAUGCAGUUGGCAGCAUAGGAAUUAAUAAUAUCAAGGAUGUCUUCGGAUCGACCUUUCUGUCGAAACGUACUGGAGUUUCAACACACAAUAUUAUCAGAAGCAAUGCAACAGUGGUAGAGCUGUGCACGAAAUGUUCUCUUGACAAUGUCGAUAGUUAUGUGUUGUUUUGUCGAGCGUUUUUUGGUUUUCGGUACAACUUUGUUGGCACUGACAAUGUUAAUGUUGCAAAAAAUAAGCAGGUCGAUAUUCAUUAUUCUGUCAAAAGCCAAAAGAAGAAUCGGACAAGGGUUCUGGAGUUUUUCCUUGCUUCUAUUUUACCAACUUAUAUGUGUGAUCUGGAAUCAGGAAAUUUUGAAAAUAUGCAAAAUUCCACUUCAUAUAACGAAACAGAAUUGGAUAAAAUUUCGACGAUACCUCCCAUCAUAAAUUCACCAACGACUUCAAAUUUGUUAAAUAGAAAAUUAGGCGGAGGAUUUAUGAUUCCUGGAGGAGUUAUGAGCCAUAAGGAGUCGAUAUUCCUGAAAUUGAAUAAGCGCAUUAGUAGUUUGGAAUUGAAUAUGUCUCUCAGCAGUGAAUAUUUAUCGGAAUUGAGCCGACGUUAUGUUUUACAAACUAAUGAAAGUCGACGACAGGCUGAAUUAAUCAUCAAACAAGCGGAAGAAGCAGCUAUUAAUGCUAUUAAACCUGCAAUUAAUGCUUUGAGAACUCAGAUGGAUGAUCUUGCAAUCAGUUUGAGAGAACUUACUGAAACAGUCAAAGCUUUGCCGCAGGAAGUCACACCAGCACAUCACUCCAUGAUAUUAAAGCAUGUCGGAGGAAGAAGCGGUGAUGCGGAUGCAUCGUUGGCGCAUUCUCAAGCAUAUUCCCACGGUUAUUUUAGCGUGUGGACGAGUGGUGAACUGGUUUGUAUCGUUGUUUCUGUGAAUGUUUUAACACUGUUGAUCUUAUUAUUGUUGCACUAUGCCUUUACCAUUGUUAACCGUAAUGCUGCUGGACAAGUAGUGGAUGAUCGGCUUCAGAAAUUGAUUCAGGAAAAUUGCGAUAUUCAGUCAACUGCUGAAGUGUUUCCUGAACAUCCUAAACAGCAGCUGAUGGCGGAAGUCUCAACCGUAGUUUGUGACGUGGUUGAUGCUACUACUCAAGCUGAAAAUGUAUAUAACUCUUCGCUAGCACCACCUAAUGACACUUAUUUGCUUACGGAAAGGGAAACAGAAGAAAGUCGUCCUAAUAGACCGCAGUCAAUAGGAUUGGUUGAUCGACCUUCAUCUCAACUUUCAACACAUAGUGAACUUAAUCUACGGCAGACAAGGAAGCGGAAAAAUAAAAAACGGAAGAGAAAUACUAGGAGUGAAAAUUUCGACGAGCCGUCGUCUCGUUUUGGAAUUCUAGCAAAUCUGGAGACUGAAUAA